UAUUUAAACAAAUAUUUUAGUCUAGAUUAAAUUACAAUAAACAUUAAUUAAUUUUUUAAAAAUAAACAAAACAAUCAUGUUCAAUCAGUUUACAAUUAUUAUAUUAGUAGCUAGCUUAUUUAUACUAAAUGUAACUUGCUACAAUAGAGGAUCAAUAUUGCAACGACGAUUACUUAGUCAACCGGUUGCCUAUCAGGUUGUUGUCGGUAGUACACCGGCACCGGGAGGUGAUGGUGACAAUGAUAUUAAAUGUGAUCUGGGCAGUUUGUUUGGCAAACUGAUCGGCAAUGUAGAGGAACUGGUCAAACCUGGUGGGGAGUUGGCCGGUAAAAUCGGAUCGGCUAUAGGUGUAUGUCCAACGGUACCGCCGUUUGAUCCGAAAUGUGUCAGUCCUAUCAUCGAAGCGGUUACCACUGGUUUCAAACUGAUUGCACCCGUACUUAAGCUACUGGAGUUCGGGCUACAGUUUCUGUUUAAAUGUUUGUUAGGUGGCGGCCUAUUUGGUUAGGUAUGUAUGUAUGUGGUAGGGGUGG